ACCUGAGUAGGGGAGGCGCGAGGGGCGGAGGAGGGUCGGCUUCCCACGUGGGGGCUGACGCUAGCUGCUCGGCAACGCCGGCUUCAUCCUGGGACUAUAAAACCAGUGCACAGUAGAGCGGCGGAGCAGCGCUUCUGUGCAGACGCCCAGCAGCCGGUGCACGCCGCCCAGCCACCCUAGCGCCUUCAGACCCAAGUCCUGCUAAAACUCCAAAGGUCUUCGGACCCCGCCGGGUCUGCUGCUCUCAGAGCCCACCCAGCUGGCGGUUAGCAGCCACCCUUGCCUUGGCCGCGGCUUCAGGAGAGUCAAUCGCUCACCUAGCUUGGCCCUGAGGACUGGAGGGGGUGCCUUCAUGCGGCCCCCACACCCUUCAUCCUGCCGCCGCCGCCCCCCGAGCUCCGUGUGCUGCGUCCCAGCCCCAGCAGGGCGCACAACUUUGGAAGUCCCGUGGCUCUCCAAGAGGAAGCAGAGUCCGCGCCCUCGCCCGGGGUCCGGCCCAGCCCGCUCCACCGCACCUGGGGGGCAGCGACAGAAUCGGAAAUCGCUUCGAGGAUAUAAGAAGACCGACCUAGGACCCUGAGCCCUCACCAACACCCCUCGGCUUCCUUUUGGGGUAAGACUUCCUGCUUUCUCUCAGCUCAAGAGUCAAGAAUUAAAUCUCUAACCGCCAGCUGGCCCUACUCUAUCCUGCCUCUUAGAAAAAAACUUGGCUGUGUUUGGGGAACUGGAAAAGAGAAGGCGCCCACCCGGAGCGGUGGACCAGCCCGUGCCAGUUCGCGGGCACUAGUCCAUGGACCACUAGCGGUCCCCCAGCUUGGGCCUGGGCUCCCUAUGUGAGGCACGGCGGGACGGUCCACGCGCCGGAGGAGGAGGAGGAGGACCCACGGACGCGGGGCCGGAAGGCAGCUGGCAGCAGGCCCAGGAGAACCGGCACCCGCGUUCAUGUUCCGCCAGGAGCAGCCGCUGGCCGAGGGCAGCUUUGCGCCCAUGGGCUCCCUGCAGCCGGACUCCGGCAACACGAGCUGGAAUGGGACUGAGGCACCCGGGGGCGGCACCCGGGCCACCCCUUACUCCCUGCAGGUGACACUGACUCUGGUGUGCCUGGCUGGCCUGUUGAUGCUGUUCACGGUGUUUGGCAAUGUGCUGGUUAUUAUUGCAGUGUUCACCAGUCGUGCACUUAAAGCGCCCCAAAACCUCUUCCUGGUGUCUCUGGCCUCAGCGGACAUCCUGGUGGCCACGCUGGUCAUUCCCUUUUCUUUGGCCAACGAGGUUAUGGGCUACUGGUACUUUGGUAAGGUGUGGUGUGAGAUCUACUUGGCUCUCGACGUGCUCUUCUGCACGUCGUCCAUAGUGCACCUGUGCGCCAUCAGCCUGGACCGCUACUGGUCCAUCACACAGGCCAUCGAGUACAACCUGAAGCGCACACCACGCCGGAUCAAGGCCAUCAUCGUCACCGUGUGGGUCAUCUCGGCUGUCAUCUCCUUCCCGCCCCUCAUCUCCAUAGAGAAGAAGGGCGCUGGCGGCGGCCAGCAGCCGGCAGAACCAAGCUGCAAGAUCAACGACCAGAAGUGGUAUGUCAUCUCGUCGUCCAUCGGUUCCUUCUUCGCGCCUUGCCUCAUCAUGAUCCUGGUCUAUGUACGUAUCUAUCAGAUUGCCAAGCGUCGCACCCGCGUGCCGCCCAGCCGCCGGGGUCCGGACGCUUGUUCCGCGCCACCUGGGGGCGCCGAUCGCAGGCCCAACGGCCUGGGCCCGGAACGCGGAGUGGGCCCCGCGGGCGCCGAGGCCGAGCCUCUCCCCACCCAGCUUAACGGUGCCCCGGGGGAGCCCGCGCCCGCUGGGUCCCGCGACGGGGAUGCGCUGGACCUAGAGGAGAGUUCGUCGUCCGAGCAUGCCGAGCGGCCCCCGGGACUCCGUAGACCCGAGCGCGGUCCCCGGGCCAAGGGCAAGACCCGGGCGAGCCAGGUGAAACCGGGAGACAGUCUGCCUCGGCGCGGGCCUGGGGCUGCGGGGCCUGGGACUGCUGGGUCCGGGCCUGGAGAGGAGCGCGGUGCCAAAGCGUCGCGCUGGCGCGGGCGGCAGAACCGCGAGAAGCGCUUCACGUUCGUGCUGGCUGUGGUCAUCGGCGUGUUCGUGGUAUGUUGGUUCCCGUUCUUUUUCACUUACACACUCAUAGCGGUCGGCUGCCCCGUGCCCUACCAGCUCUUCAACUUCUUCUUCUGGUUCGGCUACUGCAACAGCUCGCUCAACCCGGUCAUCUACACCAUCUUCAACCACGAUUUCCGCCGCGCCUUCAAGAAGAUCCUCUGCCGUGGGGACAGAAAGCGCAUCGUGUGAGCGAGUGGGAUGUGCCCUGCUUACAGACGCUUGUUCGAUGCAGGGCCCGGGCUUCGAGGGGGCGCGUCUGUGCAUGCAGCCCCAGCACUCUGAAAACCAGGACCUACCUGCUCCAUGUGUUAUCUAACUAGGAGGGAGCCCCGUGGUCUUUGAGGGCACCUUUUGUUACAUGUGUAAAGUUCUGGCUGAGAGGGACACAUGCGCCUUUUGGUGGUUGCUUCGGUUGCUCCCCACCCACAGCCAUUUUCUGGGGGGGCUACCCCGAUCAGUAUUGUUUCCUAACGACAUUGCCACGCUCUCCACCAGUCUGACUCUCCCAAGGUCUUCAGAGCAAGCGCAGUACUAGAGAAGGCACGGCUGCCAAAGGGUUAAUGAACCAAGGUUUCCUAGCUGGGGCUAAUUACCACUCCCCCCCACCCCCCUUUAAAAAAUUAUUCAGGGCAGCCCUGCCUGCUCUCCCCACCCCCACUGUAAAUAUACAUUAUUUUUGAUAUCAUACUUUGAAGUCUUCAGUGUUGGCAUUGGUGUGAUGUUGAAAUCAUGGCCGUGGAGAUGCUCUCCAGUGGCUAACCUGGUCCAGACCAAGCUCCUUCGCGAAGCAAGCCCUUUUCUAGUAUUAUGUCGCUGUCAGUGCUUUUUACCAGUAACUGGUGACAGUCCCUCGGACACAGACCUGCUUUGAGAUUCCUGACAGGGAAAGGGUUUCUGUUCACUUUCCUCCCCCUCCUCCCGCCCGUGCCUGACAGCAUAAUUGCCUUUUCCUAUGUAAAUAUUAGAGCGAUGGACCAAGACAGAAGGAAAUGAACCUUCCGCCUUGCAUCAGCCCUCUGUAUGAAGCCAUUAUCUUCUGAGGCACCACUUGCCCCAGUAACUCACUUUGAAACCGACUCUGUGGAUUCCCACUACUCUGGGGCCAAGGCUUGAAGAAGAAUAUGUAUGUUUCUAGAUUGUAUGUGUGCAGCCCCUCCCCCAGAAAGAGCCAUCUAAGAGGGAAUCUUUUAGCUGCUGAUUUUAGCCACACAGGAGUGGAAAUUAUGUGGAAGAAACAAACCUGAUACAAUUUGCACAAGGUAAACAGUGAGAAGACAAAUGGGCCUGCCACACUGUACAGUGCCAACCCCAAGAGCUCUUAGGUAGGAAAGUGUUCCCUUCCCCCUGCUUUUCUGGCUGAGAUCAUGUCACUAAUGAAUUGCCAGAGUCAGGCAGGAAGGCAGAGACCUUGUGUUUACAGCAGGGUUUCUACUUAUUUUGGGUGGACAGGGAAGGCCUGUGCUCUGAUUUAGAAAACUAAAUGUCAGCACUUGUUGCUUAUGACAGUGGAUUUUUUUUUUUUAAAAAAUAAAGUUUACAGAUCAAAUGUGAAAUAAAUAUGGA